UCUAUAGAUAGGAGAUCGAGUUCAGAGCGGACACACGCAAUCUUCAUUCUUGAAACUAAGUAGUAUAAUAUCCUUAAAGAGGCCUGUGCGCUAAACACACUGGUGUUUCUAGAGAAAGGAAAUGGGUCGAGAGGGGAAGGUGGAGGAAGAGCUCGAGAUCAACUCGCCAGCGGACAAGUUCUUCAAACGUUUGAGCUCCGAACUCCACCAUCUUCCUGAUGCCUCACCGGACAAAGUCCAAGGAGCUGAAAUUCUUGAGGGCGACUGGGUCACUCCCGGUUCCGUCAAACUCUGGAACUACACCAUCGAUGGAGUACAGGAGGUAUUCAAAGAGAAGGUGGAAAUAGAUGAGGAAAACAAGACCAUAACGAUGGUGGGUUUGAGCGGACACGUCCUUGAAAAGUACAAGGCCUACAUGAUCGUCUAUCAGGUUUUCCCCAAGGGGGAGUCGGGGACAGUGAAACUUUCCUUGAUCUAUGAGAAGUUCAAGGAGACCGAUGGAGAGCCGCACAAUUAUCUCAAGUUUGGCAUCAAUGUCAUCAAAGAUCUCGAAAAACAUUUGACCCCGAAAAAAGGUUGAGGUUGAUAAAAGAGCUGAAAGAAGAUGUCGUGAAUCCCGUGUGUUGUACCGAGUUGCCAAAUAAAGAGAAGCUACUGCUUCUGAUUUCUGAGAUGUCCCGAAUCCCGUGUGUAAUGCUGUGCGUUUAUUAUUAUGCAGAAGCUUGCCAGCUUUUCAUGUUGUUAAAACAUUAACGCACACCUUAUCUUGUAAUUAAAUUCCUUGAAGAGUUCCGGAGCUACACAUUGCAAGGAGGAGCUAACUAUAAAUCAUAGAAACUUCUAAUCAAUUACCUUCAGAUUCUCACAUACAAUUUCCAGUCGGAAAAAUUAGAGUACUGGAUAUUUACUUGGAAAAGUCUAAUUCCCCAAAGUAUUUCUGAGCUUCAAUUCCAAAAAGAGAAGACUAUAUGAAAGCCCACCAAUCAACACAGAAUAAGCGCACGGUCUAACUAUAUGGAUAUAAACCAGAAGUAAAUUUUUGUAGCAAGUAUUGCCCACUGUAAGCUCUAUUGUACCUCUAACUUUGUUGUUCUCCUCA